GCAAAGUGCUAUUAAGGUAGUUUUGGUGAAGCGUUCGUUAGUUACACAAUCUCAAAAUGGCUCGAAUAAUAGCCUGCGUAGGACUUUUGGUCUUCGCUACAAUUUGUUCAUCAGCCCCUCGUGAAAAACUAUAUCAGAAUGUCGGUAAAGUUAACAUAGAGGUUCACACCGUGGAAAGUAUCCAGGAGUUUCAACAAAAGCAUGCCAUGCUCAAGUUAACUCCAUUAGCGCGAGUAGCGGCACCGGGACUUGAUACACACACUGCAUCCUCGGAUGGACAGAGUGACGGCAUCCAAGCUCAAAAUAAAGUUAAUUACGUCAUUGGUGCUAGGAUUAAUGGGGACAGACUAGUAGCGCAAGAUGGUGUCUCAGAUGUCUACCCAACUUUACAAGAUGUUCAGGUUGAUUUGCAGUAUCCGGCGCCUGACGCCGAGCCAGGAAGCGGGGCCAUCAUUACGUACGUAGAAAUCUCAGUUGCACAAAGUUCUGAUAUUGGCAAUGCAUGGAUCUCUGAAGGCGGAAUAGGCCAGCGGAACAUGAAAAUUGUGCUGGAAAUUGGAAGUACGAGUUACUUCAGUCUUGUGGCAAAUAUUUAUGGAUAUUAGUAAUUAAUAAAUUGUAAUAUACAUUCAUAGAGUAAAUAAUAUAAAAUCCUUAAACUUAAA